UCCUCCAUUCCUCCUCUUUGCUUUCCUGUCUCGUGCUUCCAGCACUGGAUUCUGAUGAAUGUCCCUGUAUUACCUUUCUCUAAAAGGCAGCUCUGAGGUACUCUUAAAUGAUACAACAUACCUGUGGUAAAUAGAAACUUCAGAUUUAACUAUACCUAGUAAUCUAUUUUGCUACUUAACUGAAGAGCACGUGCAUGACUCUUAGUUGAGUACUGCAGUUUUUCAGUGCUUUUCUGAGAUGUUGCUGUGCCUCUAGAGCAAAGUACUUUCGCAUUCCUUUUUUUUUUUUUUGUUAUUUAACCAAAUCUUUAAUGUAGACUGAAAAAAGUGAAGUGUGAUUGGCACAGUGCAGCAUUGUGGGUUUUCAUUGCUGGCUCUUUUAGUCAUUUCCUGAGAGCUUGGUGCAGAAAUGUGACAGCCCAGGAAGCGAUAGCAAGCUCAGCAAGGCUUCAUGUGCUGCUGGAAAUUGGUGUGCUACAGGUGAGGGAACGUCCUUCUGGUGGAGAUGUAGGAAUACCUGGUCCUGGGAUUGGUGCUCAAGGUCUUCAGGAAGAACCUCAGCUGUUUUGCAGUUCACAGCCAUGAGCAAAGUCACUGGGGAUGUAAAAUGGUGAGUGAGGAACUACAGCUACGUGACUACUGAGCAACAAGGAAUGUAGGUGAAGCACCGGAAUCCAGAAAUGAGCGCUUUCAAAAAGCAUCAGAGUCUUUCUCCUAGGACCUUCAGAAGAUCUUUGUCUGAACAAGAUGCUGGCACAGCUGCCUUGAAGAACUAUCAUUGGUACCACCAAAUGAAAAGCAAGAAGUUGAAUAAGCAGAUGAGUUUUGACUCAGAGAAACAUCUUGCGUACAGGUGGCAAAGACAUCCUUGGCCUCCCUGGAGGGUAAGCAAACGAGAGGGCUCCUCCAGUUUGAAAGGGGAAUGCAAUGACCCAAGGCUUGCCAGAAGUUCUGCAAGCAUGGAUGCUACCAGUGCUGACAAUCUCCACGAAGCCCCACCUGGGACAUUGUUGCCGACCAGGACUCGCCCAUUCCGGGUUCCCUUCAAGCGCUCUCUGUCCGAGCCCGUGGCGCACGCCGGGAGCAGGAACGGCCGGCCGUGCCUGCAAGCCGUGCGCUCGCUGGACACCGAGCAGCAGGGCUACUUCAGCUGGGGCAUCUUCUCCUCUCUCUCAAAUGGCUUUUCAAAGAUAAUGAGUCGGAAAGGGGACCCUGUCAGUGAGUCUGUAACUGAAGGGAAGACAGAGGACGAUCAAAUUGUUUGGAGUACAGAUGUGAAAGGACCACCCACCCACAGACUGUCCUGUGGCCAGUCCCCCUACACUGAGAUGACAACAUGGGAGAGGAAAUACUGCAUCCUGACAGACAGCCAGCUGGUGCUGCUCAACAGGGAGAAGGAGGUACCUACAGAAGGGGUCCAGGAGCCGCAGGAUGCCUCCCGCGGGCGCUGCCUGCGCCGCACUGUCAGCGUCCCCUCCGAGGGCCAGUUCCCCGAGUACCCAGCAGAGGGGGCCGCCCAACUAGAGGUCCCAGCAGAGAGAUCUCCUCGCAGACGGAGCAUCUCGGGGACGGGCACCUCUGAGAAAACCAACUCCAUGGAUGUUCCGAACACUUCUCCUUUCAGAGUACCAGGCUUCUUCAGCAAGCGCCUGAAAGGAUCUAUCAAGAGGACAAAGAGUCAAUCCAAACUGGACAGGAAUAUAAGUUUCCGUCUGCCCUCUCCCAACAAUUCCGAGGACAGACCACGUGAGCUGCCCAAGCUGAAGGAGUCCCGUUCCCAUGAGUCUUUACUGAACCAAGCCAGCACCAUAGAGACUCUGGACUUUGCGGCAGAAGAAGCAGUCUUUGUCAAACCACUUCACAACAGUAUCCUUGGACGAGACUUCUGCUUUGAGGUAACCUACUCCAAAGGCAGUAAAUGCUUCAGUUGUUCCUCUGCAGCAGAGAGGGACUGGUGGAUGGAAAACAUACGCAGACUAUCGCAGCCGAUGAAGGACAAUUGCCGUCGAGCUGAAAACGUGCUUUGCCUCUGGAUCAUAGAGGCCAAGGACCUGACCCCUAAGAAGAAAUACUUCUGUGAGCUGUGCCUUGAUGACACCCUCUAUGCCCGCACCACCAGCAAAGCAAAAGCAGAUAACAUUUUCUGGGGAGAGCACUUUGAGUUCUACACUCUCCCACAGAUUCAGAGCAUCACAGUUCACAUCUACAAGGACGUGGAGAAGAAGAAGAAAAAGGACAAGAACAAUUACAUAGGCCUGGUCAACAUUCCCACAGCCAGUGUGAGCGGCCGCCAGUUUGUGGAGAAAUGGUACCCAGUCAGCACCCCUACAGCCAACAAAGGCAAAUCAGGGGGACCCUCCAUCCGCAUCAAAUCCCGUUACCAGACCAUCAGCAUCCUGCCCAUGGAGCAGUACAAAGAAUUUGGGGAGUAUGUGACCAGCAACUACGCCCUGCUGUGCUCCGUGCUGGAACCUGUGAUCAGCGUCAAGAACAAGGAAGAGAUGGCUUCUGCCUUGGUGCACAUUCUUCAGAGCACUGGGAGAGCCAAGGACUUCUUGACAGAUUUAGUGAUGGCUGAGGUAGAUCGUUGUGCCGAACAUGACGUCUUGAUCUUCAGGGAGAACACACUUGCUACCAAAGCUAUUGAGGAAUACCUCAAGCUGGUAGGACAGAAGUACCUCCAGGAUGCACUGGGGGAGUUUAUCAAGGCUGUGUAUGAGUCAGAUGAAAACUGUGAAGCAGAUCCCAGCAGGUGCUCACAGAGUGAAUUAGCUGAUCAUCAGUGCAACCUGAAAAUGUGCUGUGAGCUGGUCUUCUGCAAGAUUAUCAAUUCCUACUGCGUGUUCCCUCGUGAGCUGAAGGAGGUGUUUGCAUCUUGGAAGCAGCAGUGCCUGAACAGGGGCAAGCAGGACAUCAUUGAACGCCUGAUCAGUGCCUCUCUCUUCCUCCGCUUCCUGUGCCCUGCCAUCAUGUCCCCCAGCCUCUUCAACCUCAUGCAGGAGUACCCUGAUGACCAGACCUCUCGCACUCUCACCCUCAUUGCUAAAGUCAUCCAGAACCUCGCCAACUUUACCAAGUUUGGUAUUAAGGAAGAAUACAUGGCCUUCAUGAAUGAAUUUUUGGAACAUGAGUGGGGAGGAAUGCAGCGUUUUCUGAGGGAGCUCUCUAACCCAGAUACCAUCUUGAACAUGCCUGGAUAUGACGGCUACAUCGACCUGGGCAAAGAGCUCUCCGUGCUGCAUUCCCUCCUGUGGGAUGUUGUGUCCCAACUUGAUAAGGGUGAAAAUUCCUUCCUACAGGCAACCGUGGCAAAACUGGGACCUCUCCCUCGUAUCCUUGCGGAUAUCACAAAAUCCAUGAGCAGCCCUACACCUACGCAGCAGCAGCUGAAACGUUUCACGGAGCACAGCUCCAGCCCAAAUGUCGCUGGAAGUCUCUCCUCGGGGCUUCAGAAGAUAACUGAGGACCCCACCGAUGGUGACAUAAACAAGAUGAAGUCUCCAACCAAGGAAAACAUAGAUGGACAUUUUAGGGGCAAGACUUUACUGCUGGUUCAGCAGGCAUCCACCCAGAGCAUGACUUGCUCAGAUAAGGAUGAGAAAGUCAGUGUCUUGCCCAACGGACGUAGCAUCUCUCUCAUGGACCUGCAGGACCCUCACACGGCUCACAGUGACACUGCUUCCAUGAUGCACGACGUGCCUUUGCGCCUGGCGGGCAGCCAGCUCUCCGUCACCCAGGUGGCCAACAUCAAACAGCUGUGGGACACCCAGAGCACCCCCCAGAGCGCUCCCCAGGUCCGGAGGCCGCUGCACCCGGCGUGGAACCAACAGGGCAGCCUCCGGCCUCUCUCCUUCCAAAACCCGGUUUACCAGCUCAACAAUCCGAGCCCUCCCACGGCCAAGGCUUCCGUGGACUCCAGCCCGGAGAACAUGAGCUCUGCCAGCUCCCGGAGCCGCAGCAACAGCGAGGACUUCAAGCCCAGCGGGCGCAGCAACAGCAGCCUGGAGGACUCUGCCAAGCGCAGCUCGCAGAGCGAGGACUCGGCGCGGCGCCCCGCGGGCCCGGACAAGCACGUGCCGGUGGUGCUGCCCCGGCAGAACAGCAGCAGCCAGGCGCAGAUCCGCAAGAUGGACCAAGCCGUGCUGGGCACCAGGGCCAAGACUCUGAACACCCUGACUCACAGCCCUUCCCUGCGCAGCACGGGCAGCGUUUCCGGGGCCUCGGGCGCCGUGGGCAUCGAGCCCGUCCAGAACGGGAACCGCUCCCGGCACCAGUCCUCCUCCUCGAGGGAAAGCCCCGUCCCCAAGGUGCGGGCGAUUCAGCGGCAGCAAACGCAGCAGGUGCAGUCACCAGUGGACUCUGCCACGCUGUCCCCGGUGGAGAGGACGGCUGCGUGGGUGUUCAACAACGGACAGUACGAGGACACGAAAAAGGACACCACUCCAAACCUGGACGAAGUCAAGCAUGCUGAAAAGUACGAGCAGGAGAUCGCCAAGCUGAAGGAGCGCCUGCGGGUGUCCAGCCGCCGGCUGGAGGAGUACGAGCGGCGGCUCCUGGUGCAGGAGCAGCAGAUGCAGAAGCUGCUCACAGACUACAAAUCUCGACUGGAAGACAGUGAGGACAGGCUGCGCAGGCAGCAGGAGGAGAAGGACAGCCAGAUGAAAAGUAUCAUCAGCAGACUCAUGGCUGUUGAAGAGGAGCUGAAAAAGGAUCACGCUGAGAUGCAAGCAGUCAUUGAUGCAAAGCAGAAAAUUAUUGAUGCACAGGUCAUAAAUGGGGAUGAGAUAAUUCCAACAGGAGAAGCGGAUCGUGUUCCUGGACUCGGCCAACACGCGCCUGAUGAGCGCCCUGACGCAGGUAAAGGAGCGCUACACCAUGCACGUCCGGAAUGGCAACCCUCCCAAGCUUUCCAUCACGGAGAAUGGUGAAUUUAAGAACAGCAGUUUCUAAUUCUGCAGGUGCUGCCAACCACCUCCGUGGAAGAGCAAGACGGAGCAGAGCCAAGACCCCUCACCGCCACUGAUUGUUGCACAUAGUUCUUCUGUACAAGGAAAAUCGUAUUGUUUGAAGAUUGUAUUGUUUGAAGAUUGUUCUAAAAUUGUUUUAGAAUUGUAUUUUAAAAUUUUAUUUUAAAUUGUUUUAAGAUAGUAUUGUACAUUCAAUAAAAUUUAAAAAGCAACUCUGAAGGGUGGGCUUUAAUUCCCCACUCAGGGCCAGGAGAACCAGGCUCCCCAGAAUAAGUCCUUGUGGAUCACUGUGUAAAUAGAGGGAGCUCUUGGGUUGUGUACAGAAAAAUGCCAAUGUAAUAUACCAAAAGGAAGUGAAUACUGUAGAUUUUUUAAUUAUUGCUAUUUUUUUUAUUAUUAUUAUGUUGUUGUUGUUAUUGUUGUUAUUGUUGUUGUUGUUGUUUUUCUCUUGUUGAAAGCACUGCAGUCCUGGGAGGAGGAAGAGGGGAGCGUGUGUGUGUGUGUGUGUGUGAGAGCGGUGAGCAGCGGGUGACCCGAGACAGCAGCUGGCUGAUAAAAGGACGUGAAUGGAGUGGAAUGAAUUCCAUAGGAAAACUCAUCAGCUGGGUUUAUUCCCCUCUUCCCCAGCUGCUCUUUAGCUGAAUGCAAACUUGAUAGCAAACAUUUUAGCAAGAGAACUGGCUCUUGCUGUGUCCCGUACCUGCUUUUGAUAGGACUCUGUCAGAAAACAGCCUUUCUGAAGAAGGUACAAAGUGGGAGCAGCGAGCUGGAUUCCUGGAAUUUGCACAGUCAGGCUUCCCGUCAGACAGAGGGAAUCUGCAGGAUUUUGUGGUAGGAUUCUUUCUUUUUUACCCCACUUUUAAUGCAGUUUUAUAUUUUCUGUUUGGAGGAUUUACAGACCUGUAAAUACUUUUUUAACGAUUUCUAGCCAACCCCCACCGUGUGGCCCCUGCAGCGGCACCCUGAGUUCCCUCUCUGCUCUCCAUCAGGAACAGACAGGUUAAUCCUCUCGGGAAAGGGCUAACCAAAGGGUGCCCAUGCCCAGCACAGGAAAUUCCAUAUGCAAAAGUCCCUUUUUCUAGAGGAUUUCUGUAUUUUAAUGCUUACUUAUUUUCACUAUUUCAGCCACUUGCUUAGCCAGUGUACUUCCAAUGAAAGGUGCUUUCUGCGCCUUUGUUGAAAGAUCUUCCAUUUCUGCUGAAAUUUUCCUUUCUCUGGAUACUUUAAAGGGAUUUUUUUUUUUUAAGUUCUGUACAUGGCAGGUUUUUUCAGGAGUUUUGGCUAAGCUUUCAUCUCCAGUUCCUUUCAGUUGUGUUUCAUAGAAGCAUGAUUCCAGACUGUGUGUGAAUGGGAUAUUGCUCCAAAGUGACCUUCUCCUGGGAGAUAGUGACAUUCACAACUUGUAACAGAUGAGCAGUAAAUGGCUUGGUGUUUUCAAUUCUCAUGAUUUCAGCAAGUGCCACAAUAUUUAAUCUGAGAGAGGGUUGUUGUUGUUGUUUUUUAAAUCCCAGAUUCUGGAGUCAAGUGUGAAUUUUUACUUCCAUCUUUUGCUGUGCAUUUCUAGCCCUCGAACUCUCACAGUAAAUGAAAUUAUCGCAGCAUUGAUUGAAACUGUUAAUUACAGAAACAUACCAGUAACAGCCAGUGUGAUUAACCAUUCACACAUGCUGUGGAAACUGGAAAAGUUUACUUCAGUUUGAGACAAAACCUUGAGGGUGUUUUCACUGAGAGGUGCUUCAUUGUGGGAUUGUCUCACGAAAAACGCAGGAGUGUCUAAGCCAGUUCCCUGCACAUGAAUUAUUGGCAAUCCUGAGACCCAAACCCGGUGCCUGUUGCCAAGUUUGCCUGGUUUUUGGAAAUGAAUUAAUCCCAGCUCUGUGGCUGAUGCAGGAGGUGGCAGAGUUGGGGUUUGGGAUUAGUGCUCAGCUCUUUGGGAUCAAAGUCCCGGCUGCUCGGCCGGGACUCGGUGCUGCCGGCACUGGCACACCUGGGGUUGUGCUCUGCAUUGGCUCAGCACUGGUUACUUUUCCAUGCUUUCCAAACUGUCUUCCAGCUCUAGAUCCUUGCUGACCUCUGAUAUUUUAUUCCUCAAACUGUGCCUUUGAGUUCCUCCUUUCUCCCUUCAGGCAUUGCAGCCGUAUCAAUGUCUCCAGUUUGUGUUGAGCUGUCAGGUGAGGGCCUCUUUUACACAAACCCUUUUUGUGGGCUGUUUCUCUGGGGUCUGCAUGUCCCUGUAGCCAGGUACUGUAAUUCCCCAGCUGUAGCAUGGGGAAAUGUGUUCCCAUCCCUUUUGGGAGCUGCUCCCUUGUGGCACCGUGCAGGUGACGUGGGUGUGCUGUGCCCGAGGUGUGAGCGAGCGCCCGUGCGGCUGCACUGACAGAACAAGGGAGGAGUGUUGGUCAGGGGGAGUUAUCCCAGCAUUAUUUCAGGAAACACCUUUCCCCAGAGCUCCCCAGAGCUGUGGUAAUGUCAGAGGUCGCUGGCUGAGCUGUGUGGUUUGGUGCUGAGGGCCCACUUUGGUUUCUGCAAUAGGGGCAGCAUUUCAGGCUGGAUUUUUAGAGGGGAAAGAAUCCCUGCCCCAGUAUUGGUGAGGUCUUUGGUAGUGCAUCGUUCCAAUUCUGUACCUUCUGUGUGUUUCUCAAGCUUGUAGGAAGAAACAGUGGCUCUCUCAGAGCCUGACUCCUCUCUGUGGUCUCACAGCUCGUUGCUAGGCUGGCUGUCUCUCUGCUCUUCCAGUUUCUCCCCUAAGGUGCCAGGAGUGCUCCUCCAGCUCCUGCAGCCCAGGAGUCGCUGCCUGCAGACCCAGGAGGGGUGAAGGUUGUAAAGUCAGUGCUGCAAGACUGGAAUUGAUCUGCUGCAGCACAAAACACUGCUCCUGAGUCCUGCAGGCAGCUGUCUCUCCUAGUUUGUUACCAAGCAGCCUUCCAGAAAAAUUUUCAGCCGCCUGAAGCUGACAAUAUGUGAAAAUGCCAGUUUCUAUUUUGUCCAGAGUGAUAAAAUCCAAGUGGCACUAAAGCACGUGUCUGUUCAGGAGCAGGAGCCUUGCCUGGGCCUGAUCACGUUUGGGUUUAGACUCGUGGCCAGGGGGUUCUGCAGCAGUGAGGGAGUAAAUGUGCAAUGUGUGAUGGGAGGUGCUGGCUUUGGGUUCUCACUCUGAGCAAAGGCUGAUGGCUGUGUCUAGUGCUGUGCAAGGAGCUGCUGCUCUCACUGGGGAACAGAGGAAGUAGUGCAGGAAAAAUUGGAUAGCCUGGAGGAGAAACAGUCAUGUUCCUCAGACUGAAUAGGAAAGUGACCCCAUCCUGGUGUCUCAGCCUGUGCUGGCCACGUUGGUACCGUUCUAGGAGGCUUCUCCCCAAACCUCAAAGCCACCUGAGCUUCUUGAGUGCUCAGGAAAAGCUUGAGGCCAGCACAGCAGGGCAGGGAGACAGAGCAGCCUCUCGUGUGUGGCCUCUUGGCAGGUUGUGUGUGGUGUGUGAGGUGAGCAGGGUGACAAGGGACAGGCUCUGAGGGGACAGAGGGAGCACAGCCUAGGGGCAGCAUCCUGUAAAUCCCUGUUCUUUGCAACUCUAGGAAUUCUGACCUUUUUUAUUUUUAGGGGAAAUAGACUUCACACAUAGGAAUUACCAACUGUUACUUCCCUGGUGUAUCAGAAAUGGGCAGCUUUUUACAAAAGCACAGAUUACACAGCUACACAUUUUGCCACUUUCCUCUCCAGUGGCAUAACUCAGGCAGGGAAUCUACAGGAGCAUGGAAAGAGAUGUGUGUGUUUUCUAGUUAGAGAAUAUGAGGUGUAUUCAUUAAUAUAUUAUUUAUCCAUCUAAUAAAUCAUCAAAGAAAUGGGGUUUAUUUUGUGUUCAUGUAAUUGCUUUGGUUUGGCUGUGAGUUUUCCCCCCAUGAUAUGUUCAUUUCCUAUUUUGAUGCUUGCAUAAACCCACCAGAUUUUAACUUGGAAGUCCAUGAAUUUUACAGCCAUGUCCAUGGAAUGUGUCAGCAAUACUUGUGUGGAUGUUUGUGUUCUGCAAAAUGUCUGUGUUGUUCCUGGAGAACAAUUCCUGUCUGAGUUGAACCAUGAUGUGCAUUUCCAUCAGUGGUGGGCAUGGUCAGCCACAGCUGAGUCUGCAGAGGAAAAAGGGUUAAAUUUUGGGUGAUGUUUUUAGGUGUUUCCUUCUCCACAGUCAGUUAACUCCCAGGAGAGUGAGCAUGUCCUUACAGAUCAUGCCUGCCAGGAAUCCUACCUGCAAAAAUAGAUUUUCUGUCUCAAGGGCCUUAAUAAGAGUGUUACUACACAGAACUGUUCUACAAUGAUAGCUCUAAAUAAUUUAUUUUUUAUUUCAACAAAGUACACCUUUAAAAAGGAAUAAACUUGUUUUUCAAGCCGUAUUUUUAUGCUUGUAGCACUGGACUGUUUGGUCUCUGAGAUCCAUUUCUGCAUUUCAUUGCCUGGGUUUGUUCUAAAGAAGAUUUAUUUUUGUUCUGUGAAUAAUUUUUGAAGGUUCUUGUAAUAUGUACAGAUAUAGAUACAUUUGAGGACUUUUAUUGAUAUUCCUACAAAGAAUACAAAUAAACUUUAACUUUAAACAGUUUGGA